GGAGGGAUCCGCCAUUUUAGUAGCUACGAUGAGACCCACUUUCAGUAAACAUUGAAGGGUGGGGGGCAUAAUUUUAACACGUUUUUGCUAAAUACGUAUUUAGUUAGAUAUCGGGCAACCGUGAGAGAAGGCAAAACGAGUCCUCUAAAGGUUAGCGGAAAGCAGGGAAAGGGGCGGAAAAUGGCGGUCGACAAACGAGAUGAGAAAGAGGGAGAGCUCAACGUCCUGGAUGACAUCCUCACCGAGGCCCCUGACCAGGAUGACGAGCUCUAUAACCCUGAGAGUGAACAGCACGUCAACCAGAAAAAAGGUUCUAAGAGGAAGAACAACCGAGGGGAUAACCACGUGCCGAAGCGUCUGCGACCCACGGCUCACACCACCACCAGACACGCCACUAAGAGAUCAGCCCCCUCGGCUGGGGCUAGCGGGACAAAGCCAGUCAACCCCAGGAGGGGACGGCACCCCCCCGAGUACGAUACUGAAGGAUACUAUGAGGACAGGAAGACCCAUCCUAUGAGAGAUGGUGGGGCGCAGAGAGGGGAGCCUCACAACGCAGCCCACUCUGACAAGACCCUGGGCCGCAGGAGAGAGCCGGACAGACACAGGAUCAUGCCUGAGCUCACCACCGAGGUAGGAGCAGCUUUACUAAGGAUCAUGCCUGAGCUCACCACCGAGGUAGGAGCAGCUUUACUAAGGAUCAUGCCUGAGCUCACCACCGAGGUAGGAGCAGCUUUACUAAGGAUCAUGCCUGAGCUCACCACCGAGGUAGGAGCAGCUUUACUAAGGAUCAUGCCUGAGCUCACCACCGAGGUAGGAGCAGCUUUACUAAGGAUCAUGCCUGAGCUCACCACCGAGGUAGGAGCAGCUUUACUAAGGAUCAUGCCUGAGCUCACCACCGAGGUAGGAGCAGCUUUACUAAGGAUCAUGCCUGAGCUCACCACCGAGGUAGGAGCAGCUUUACUAAGGAUCAUGCCUGAGCUCACCACCGAGGUAGGAGCAGCUUUACUAAGGAUCAUGCCUGAGCUCACCACCGAGGUAGGAGCAGCUUUACUAAGGAUCAUGCCUGAGCUCACCACCGAGGUAGGAGCAGCUUUACUAAGGAUCAUGCCUGAGCUCACCACCGAGAAGCUGAGUCCUCCCAUUGAGGAGGGCAGGGUCAGCCCCUCUAAGGAAGCAGAAGAAGAAGAGGGGGCAUCAGACCAGGAUACGGGCAGCACGGCCGAGUCCUCCGAGGGACACCGAUCCAACGUGGAGGGCGAGGAGGAAGAGUAUGAGGUGCAGGAAGUGGAUCAGAGAGCCAAGAAUGCGGCAAAUGAUUACGACACUCGCAGUGAAGUCAGCGACUCCCAGUCUGAGUCCGUGUCCUUCUCUGAUGGGGAGUCUGUUCUCUCUGGCUCUGGCUCUUCAGGAUCUGAGAAGACACACGAGAAGUCCUUGUCUGUCCGCGCCGUCCGCAAGAACCAGAUCAGCAAGCUGAAGUACGUCGUACGAGACGCUCGGUUCUUCAUGAUCAAGAGCAACAACCAUGAGAACGUCUCCCUGGCCAAGGCUAAGGGUGUGUGGUCCACUUUGCCUGUCAAUGAGAAGAAACUGAACGCUGCCUUCCGUUCCGCUCGCAGUGUCAUCCUGGUCUUCUCAGUCAAGGAGAGCGGCAAGUUCCAAGGUUUUGCCAGGCUGUCCUCUGAGUCCCAUCACGGAGGGUCUCCCAUCCACUGGGUCCUGCCCGCUGGGAUGAACGCCAAGAUGCUGGGUGGGGUGUUCAAGAUCGACUGGAUCUGCAGACGGGAGUUGCCGUUCACUAACACGGCUCACCUCUCCAACUCAUGGAAUGAACACAAGCCUGUAAAGAUCGGCCGAGACGGACAGGAAAUGGAGCCGGGGUGUGGGAUGCAGCUGUGCCUGAUGUUCCCCCAGGACGAGAGCAUUGACUUGUAUCAAGUUAUUCAUAAGAUGCGACACAAGAGGACGAUUCCUUCUGAGCCCCGCUCUCGAGGACGCCCGCCCUACAGAGAGCCCACCCGAGGCGACCUGGGAAGGGGUCGGCCAGAGGAAAAUGCCACUCACAACAGGAAACGCCCGAGGAUUGAUUAUCCAGCAGAGUUCCCACAGAGACCAGGCUUUACACCGGACCCUCGUAACCCGCCAGUUGACCGGCGGCCCCCCACUGGAGUAAGAAGAGAUGUUUUUCUCAAUGGGUCCUACAACGAUUACAUGAGAGAGUUCCACCACACCAUUGGUCAGCCUACUCCUUGGCAAGGAAUGGCACAGUACCCUGGGAUGGAGCAGCCUCCUCACCACCCGUUCUACCAGCACCAUCCUCCUCCUCCCCAGUCGCACCCACCUUAUGCUGGGCAACACCCUGUACCACACGAAGCCCGCUUCAGAGAACCUGUACCACACGACGCCCGCUUCAGAGAGAAGAGACUUGUCCGCUCUUUUAGCUCCAGCCUGCAUGACUAUGACAUGCGAGUGGAUGACUUCCUGAGACGGACCCAGGCUGUGGUGACCAGUCGCCGCAGCCGCCCACGGGAACGAGACAGGCAAAGGGAGCGAGAACGGCCCAGAGACGCCCGACGGGAGCGAGAUCGUGGACGCGACCGGGAGAGAGACAGGAUCAGGGACAGGGAGAAGGAGAAGGAGAGGGGGCACUACAGGAGAUAAAUCAGGGGGACUAAAUCAAACACCAAGUCCUGCGGUACUUUCUUUUAUCGCUUUUCCUUUAUUUUAUUUUUAUAUAUUUUUUUUAAUAUUCUGUACUUUUUUAAGUGAUUGUACUUUUUUUUUUUUUUUUUUUUUUUGUCAAGUCAUCCGCUCAUGUGUAUCAUGAAUGCAUUAUAACUGAACAAAGGCAAUAACAGGAGAAGGGGGUUUGGAGCGUCAAACUAUUGCAGAUGUGAUGUUAGUUUUGUGUUUUUUGUUUUUUUUCCUUAGACCCAGACAGACAGUAAUGACUUUUAAAUGUUUUUAAUGCCAUAUUGUCUUUUUAUGUUGUUCAUAAUUGUACAUGGUUCAUAUUAAGAUCUUGCUACUUAAAGGGGUAUAAUUGAGUCGUACUGAAUCUGUUGUAGCAAGUCCCUUUUUUUACUGGCAUUUUUAGUUUAAAGCCAUUUCAUUUUCUCUCUCGUGUUUUUGACUGGUCCAGAAGCAAAAAAAAAAAAAAAAAAAAAAAGCAAUAUUGUCUGUCUAGAUCUUUAUUUUCUGAAGUUUUACAUCCAGACUCUAAUCAGUGCUGUAAGGCGAUGAGAGAUGUUUGCUUGGGGGGGAGGGGGGAAAAAGUACAAUGUUUUUGAAGGUCUGUUUUGUACAACAAAAAUACUGUGUAUUUUACUACUGUCGUCAGUUGAUAAGUAAAAGACUGGUCUGGAUUGAUUCACUUUAUAGAAACGGUUUUUACUCAGAACUGAGUAUAUUUUUUAAGGCAUUCAAACCUUUAUGAAACCAGUCAUAACACCUUUGCGUGUUGAAGUAUAAUAAAAAAGCUUUACAUCACGUUGAA